AUGAAGGUGUUCACCCCUCCAUCCACGCCAUCUUCCAGCAAGAAGAACGUCCAGUCGAUCCAGCCUGAACGCAAGAGUCGACGCAAGUUCGACUUCUCCAUCAAAACGCUUCAGCUAUACUCGCACUACCGCCAAGACGACGCUGCUAAAGAGCUUGGUGUGGCUCCGAUCACGCUCAAACGUAUCUGUCAACGACGCAAAUACCGAUGGCCCUAUCGUACCAUCAAGGCCAAACUCCGUCGUGAAGCUCUCGCUGCCGAGAAGCUGAGAAAUACUGAACGGCUAACAACACGGAUGACGACGCCUUCCUCGCCUUCAUUGGCCGCUCCAGAGCUGCUGCUUUCUCUGAGUAAAGAGAGGAAGACCUUCAAUUGCUCCCCCACUUCGAGACAUCGAAUGCAACCUCCUGCCACGUUGCCUCAGCCUUUGCACCAGCUCAACUACAAGAGCUCCUUCUACUCUGCCUCCUUCCACGCGGCAGCCCCCACGUUCCCAAUGAGGACGACGCUCCGGUUUAAGGAGCACGGGAAGACGCUGCAGCCACUACUGGAACAUGAGCAGCCACACUACGCCAAUAUCUGA